CGCGCCUCCCCAGUCCAGACCCCUCUUCCAGGCUGCGGCAGGGCUCGGGGCAGGGCAGGCUGGCCCCACGGCUGCUUCAUGUCCCCCUGGCCGGGAGAGAAACAAGGGGGUCUCCGUAUUUCUGCAUCUCACCGUGCUCCCUGCAUUGGGUGUGGCUCUGGUCCAGGGUGCAGGAUGGGGAUGAAGCCACUGGCCCUCCUCUUCCUCAGCCUGCAGCUGCCCCUGGGCUGGGCCCUGAAGCCCAGCACCCCCCACGUUUGCAGCUACUGGGAAAGCUUCACGGCGCCCACCAAGGAGUCAUUUCUGCAGCCGCAUGCCCAGGCCUCCCCGGAGCCCUGCGAUGGAGCCAAGCCAUGCACGCGGCACCGGGUGGUGUACAAGACGGCAUACCGGCAGGCCGUGAAAGUGGACUACCGCCGGCGCUACCAGUGCUGCCAGGGCUACUACGAGAGCAGAGACGCCUGCGUCCCUCGCUGCACCUCAGAGUGCGUCCACGGGAGGUGCGUGGCACCUGACAAGUGCCAGUGUGAGCCGGGCUGGCGGGGUGCCGACUGCUCCAGCAGAUGUGACCCUCACUUGUGGGGUCCCGACUGCCAGAGCCCCUGCACCUGCCUCAACGGGGCAACCUGCGACCCACUCUCCGGCGCCUGCCUCUGCCCGCCUGGCUACGAGGGCCUGCAGUGCGACGUGCCCUGCAAGCCGGGCACCUAUGGUGCGGGCUGCCAGCUGCAAUGCCAGUGUGAGCACGAGGCCCUCUGCGACCGCAAGACGGGUGCCUGCCUGUGCCCACCGGCGCUCACCGGUGCCCACUGUGAGUUGCCUUGUGCCAAUGGCACGGAGGGGCAGCGCUGCCCAGAGCACUGCCCCUGCCAGCACGGGGGCAUUUGCCACCCCCAGGACACCCAGCACUGCGUUUGCCCUCCGGGCUGGAUGGGCACCAUCUGCUCCCUGCCGUGCCCUGAGGGCCAGUUCGGCUCCGGCUGCCUGGGUGAGUGCGGCUGCUACAACGGGGGUGUGUGCGACCGGCUGCAGGGGCAGUGCCGCUGCGCGCCUGGCUACACUGGGGAACGAUGCCAGGAGCAGUGCCGCAUCGGCUGGCAUGGGCAGGACUGCAGCGAGGAGUGUGACUGUGCCAACGGUGGGCGCUGCUACCACAUCAACGGAGCCUGCCUGUGUGAGUCCGGUUUCCACGGGGACCGGUGUGAGCAGCGACUCUGCCCGGAGGGGCUCUACGGCUUUGAGUGCAAGACCCGCUGCCUCUGCCACCCGCAGCAUAGCCAGAGCUGCCACUCGCUGACGGGAGAGUGCGUGUGCCAGGUGGGCUGGGCCGGGUUGCACUGCAAUGAGACCUGCCCACCCGGUUCCCAUGGCCCCGGCUGCCACGAGUCCUGCCUCUGCCUCCACGGGGGCACCUGUGACCCUGUCACGGGGCACUGCCGCUGCACCCCUGGCUACACGGGUGAACACUGUGAGCAGCCCUGCGCACCUGGCACCUUCGGGGAGGGCUGCGCUCGCACCUGCACCUGCCGGAAUGCCUUCGCCUGCUCGCCACUGGAUGGCUCCUGCCUCUGCAAGGAAGGCUGGCACGGAGCAGCCUGCUCCAGCCCCUGCCCCACAGGCACCUGGGGCUCUGGUUGCAACAAGACCUGCCAGUGCGCCCACAGCAGCCGCUGCAGCCCCGUCAGUGGUGCCUGCUCCUGUGUGGCUGGCUGGCACGGCACCCGCUGCCAGGACCCAUGCCCAAUGGGCACGUAUGGCACGGGCUGCAGCCAGAAGUGCAACUGUGUCCACGCCAAUGGCUGCGAUGCCACCACGGGGCAGUGCCACUGCCUGCCGGGGUGGACAGGGCCCAGCUGCAGCCUGGGCUGCCCUGAUGGGUGGUGGGGCCAGAACUGCAGCCUGCCCUGCGCCUGCAAGAAUGGAGCCACCUGCGCCCCCGAUGACGGUGCCUGCAGCUGCACACCUGGCUACCGCGGCCCUGCCUGCCAGCGCCCCUGCCAGUCCGGGCGCUACGGAAAGAAGUGCGCAAUACCCUGCCGGUGCUCCAACCACUCCAUCUGCCAGCCUGUGGACGGUGCCUGCAUCUGCUUCUCCGGAUGGACCGGCGCCAACUGCUCCCAGCCAUGUCCAGCUGGCACCUUCGGGCUCCGAUGUGUCCAGGCCUGCGACUGUCUCCACAAUGGCACCUGCGAGCCUGCUACCGGGCAUUGCCAGUGUGUGCCAGGCUGGACCGGCCCUCGCUGCGAGAUGCCGGACCCUGAGCACCCGCUCACAGUGGAGCCCACGCCUCCGGCAGGCUACAGCUCCCUGGGCGCCAUCAUCGGCAUCGUGGUCCUGGCCACCCUGCUGCUGGUGCUGGCUGUACUCUUCCUUUAUUACCGGCACCGGCAGAAGGGCAAGGAGGGCCGGCCCCUGGCUGCAGCCUACACCGUGGGCCGACCUGGCAGCUCUGAAUACGUCGUACCAGAUGUCCCACCCAGCUACACCCACUACUACUCCAACCCCAGCUACCACACGCUGUCACAGUGCACCCGCACGCCCCCGCCCCCUGGCACCCAGGACCGGGCCAGCUCCCUCAAGGUGCCCGGGCCCCAGAUGUUCUCCAGCAUGAAGGAGCGUGAGGGCCCAGCAGGCUAUGGCCCCAAGGGCAACGCUACACUGCCAGCGGACUGGAAGCAUCACACGCCGGCGCUGAGCCCCUGGGACCGGGGGGGCAGCCCCAUGGAUCGCAGCUACAGCUACAGCUACAGCAACGGCCUGAGGCACUUCUACAGCAAAGACUGCGUGCGGGACGCGUCGCGGGGCAGCGACAGCUCGCUGGGCAGCGAGAACCCCUACGCCACCAUCAAGGACCUGCCGGUGCUGCUGGCCAAGGCGCCCGAGGGCAGCUACAUGGAGAUGAAGUCGCCUGCGUGCCGUGAGACGUCCUACACCGAGAUCGGGUGCUCGGAGCCGGCGCCGGACACGCCGCAGCCCCACGGGCCGGGCCCCGGGAGCGCGGAGGGCGCCGCAGUGCCCCCCGGCCACUACGACUCGCCCAAGAACAGCCACAUCCCGAGCCACUACGACGUGCCGCCCGUGCGCCACUACCCACCCUCGCCCCCGCUGCGCCGCCAGCACCGCUGACCCCUGCCCGCCCCGGGCCCCCAUCCUCCCGGACCCAGCCGCUGGCCCGAAACUGGACUCUGUGCCGCGGCCCCCAGGACUGACUGGGCGAGGGGCAGCAUCAGACUGGCAGGGCGCCCGGCGGGGGACGGGGGUCCUGGGAGCCGUGCCCCCUCCGGGCGAAGUGUGUGUGUGGGGGGGAGGGAGGGGGUUGCCCAUGUGUAAAUAAAGAUGCCUGUGGUUUGUA